AUCAUGAUUAUUGGAAAUAAUCUUGAAAUUUAUUCAGCUUCGUAGGUGGAAUUAAUUUAAGUACAUAAAAUUAAGUAAUUGUACGGAAACGACAAGUGUCCUACUACUACUACUACUACUUUGAUAGUAUAAUAAAGAAGCAGAAACACCUACUGUUGAACAAACCGUAACGAAUAACCAAAAUCAUAAAAGUAAAGUAUUCAAAUGAUAAAGACUAUGGGGAGGAGAUUGUCACUGAUACAGCUGGUAUAAGUCGCAAUAGAAAAAGAAUCAAGAACAGGCUACCUACCAAUAUACCAGUAUAUAUAUAUAUAUAUAUAUAGAAAGGGGCCUGGAGGCGACAAGGAGUCGCAGCGCUAGGGCAUUGCUUCAGGAUCACUCAGAAAAAGGGGGAGAAUCGCAAAAAAUAUAGAAACGAUCGAAACAAGGAGAAAGAUCAUUGGCGUUGAUCAUGGUGAGUGGGGUAAAAGCAUCAAGAGCCACACGAGGUAUUUUUCUCUGUUCUUCUACAUUUUUUUUCAACUCUCUGGACCCAAACCAAUCUCUGUCUUUUACGAUGUGUAUAGCAAUGAGGAAUCUCACGAAACGAAAAAAAAACGAUAAGAAAGAUAGAGUGAGAUGUUCUUAAUGUGAGUCCGAAAUAAAGAGAGAGGAAGAGAGAGUGAGGGUGGGAAGCCUGAAGGCCGGCCUGCGGCUUCGGCUCAGUAUCCCCGGAGCAUCCGACUCACGUGUAUCUUUCUGACGUACAAUCAAAAUUUACAAAAACAUGUAUUCUUUGACUUUUUUUUCCUGUGAAUAAUUUUGAUAAAAAAAUAUGGACAUUCACUAUAAUUGCGAAUAAAUGUCUUCACAUUAUAUGAAUAUACAUGGUCGAUCGGCGUUUAUUGAUUGUGUUAAAUAAGUCAUUCGAAUUAUACGGCUUUGAUUAUUAAAUAUUUAUAAGCAAGUGGUAGAAUCGAAAGUGUUGAAGUUGAUUCAUAUGUUUUAUUAUGAAUUCAAUUUUUUCCAUUGAGAAAUAGUUUUUGACAGUACUAUUAGAAGUUGACGAACAAAUUUGGAUAAGAGAAUUGGAGUCAAUUUUUACCUAACUCCCUGGGGCAAGGACGCUUCUUGAACUGGAAUUGAGAAGAAGAAAAAGAAGAAAAGGAAAGAAGACAAAGAUACGUUUGAGCAGUGAACAGAAGCUUUGUUUGAAUACUAAUAAUAAACAAGGUGUACAUAGAUCGUUAACUGGCUUUUAAUUUUCAUUUAAAUAGAAAACAGAAUCCAAUAUAACUACGAAAUUUUUACACUAUACACAACCUUUAGAAAAAGUUGCUUGCCAAUCUAAACGUAAAAUUUUUUUUUAAUAAGAAGACAAGUUAUAUAAGAUUAUAACUACCCGCCGGCAACUUAUAAACCAUAUUGUAAUGAGAUGAUGACAAUAAAUAUUCUUAAUUUCCAAUUUUGACUAAUAGUCAUCAGAAUUGAUUAAAAUUUUUAUUCUAUAAAACUUCAGAAUCUCGACAAAUGAUAUGUGCUACCUAGAAAAUUAAUUUGAUUUAAAAAAAAAAUCCGAUUUUACUGUAUAUACACAAGCUGAAUAUUAUCUUAAGAAAACAGGAUUGUCCUCUCCACGCUAUGUGAAAUUUUAUGCUCUUCUUUUAUACUUAAACGACAUUAAAAGAAUUGUGGAUUGAAAAUAUUAUCACAAUUUCAUAUAUACACAUACUGAAUAAUCGAAUGUGUUCAACUUCAAAAAUGACAAAUGAGAAUCACCGUCAAAAUUUACUAUUUAAGUAAUAUACGCAGUGCCAAUGUGAAAUACCUGAUCAAAAAUGUGGACAGUUGUUUGAGAUAGUAAGUUAAUGUUUGUCGGAAAAAGUUCGAUAGCAGGUCAUAUCGUGUUAUUAGUUAAAAAAAUGUCCUGAUACAUAUUUUCCUUCUUAUUGGAUAUAAACAUGUGUUUGUUUACAGUGGAUUUCGGUGUCACAGAGUGAUACAAUACGUUCAGUGGAAAAAAGGACGAAUUGUAUAAGUGAAAAAAAAAGAAAAAAAAAUUUUUUCCAAAUAUUUGGUAUAAUUCAACCAAAACCAAAAAUUAGAAAAAUUGUGGAAAAACAUAACGAGCAAGGUGAUGUGGUAGUCGAAGGAUUAACAAGGGAAGCCAUGAGGGCGACUGCCGCCUAUGUCUUGUUUUUUGUCCACUUUAUACAGGCAGCAACAUGUAGCGGAUUCUUUGAGGUACAAAUACUUUCAAUAACAAAUAAUCGUGGAACCUUAAUUGAUGGACGCUGUUGUGGUGGAGGUACUGAUCUUGGUAGUCAUGUCAAUUCACCACCAUGCUUACAAUCAUGUACAACAGCAUUUUGGCUGUGUCUCAAAGAAUAUCAAUCCAAUGUAACUGCCAUCGGUUCAUGUAGCUUUGGCAAUGUAUCUAGUCAUGCACUUGGACAGAAUACGUUUACUCUAACUCAGCCAGUAAAGCUGCAGCUUCAUUUUACCUUCAGAUGGACGAGACAAUUUACUCUGAUACUUCAAGCAAAAGAUGAUCCACAUGGUGGUAUUAUUGACGAAGCAAGCUACAGUGGAAUCGUUUUACCAGGACCAACGUGGCAUACUCUGAAUCAUCAGGGGCGGAACGCACAACUUGCUUAUCGCGUUAGAGUACAAUGUGAUGAUCAUUAUUACAAUGCAACAUGUACAAAAUUUUGCCGUUCAAGAGACGAUAUAUUUGGUCAUUAUACAUGUGAUAACAAUGGUGAUAAAGUCUGCAUACAAGGAUGGAGAGGCAAUGACUGUGGAACAGCUGUUUGUAAAGAAGGAUGUCAUCCAAUUCAUGGUCACUGCAAUGUGAGUGGCGAAUGUAAAUGUCGCCAUGGAUGGCGAGGUGACUAUUGUGAUCAGUGUACACCAUAUCCUGGGUGCAAACAUGGUUAUUGUAAUGGCUCAAGUUGGCAAUGCAUUUGUGAUACCAAUUGGGGUGGUAUACUUUGUGAUCAAGAUUUGAAUUAUUGUGGUACUCAUGAACCAUGUCAAAAUGGAGGUACAUGUGAAAAUACAGCACCAGAUCAAUACAGAUGUACAUGUCGAGAUGGUUUUUCUGGACCAACAUGUGAAAAAGUUGAUAAUCCAUGUGCAACUAAUCCAUGUUUAAAUGGCGCUACUUGUCGAGAAAGUGGAGAAAUCGCUGAAUGCGAAUGUUCGCCUGGUUUUUCUGGUCUACUUUGUGCCAUUGAUAUUGACGAGUGUGCAUCACAACCAUGUCAAAAUGGUGGAAUAUGUAUCGACAGUAAAAAUGAAUUUUCAUGUAAAUGCCCCUCAUCAUGGCAAGGUACACUUUGUCAAUUUGAUGUUGACGAGUGUGCUCUUAAAGAAUCACCAUGUAAAAAUUCCAUUACAUGUGUUAAUCUCGCUGGUGACUACAGGUGUCGAUGUAGAAGUGGCUUUACCGGUAAAAAUUGUACAAAAAAUAUCAAUGAUUGUGUUGGGCAAUGUAAACAUGGAUCUUUAUGUAUUGAUCUUGUAAAUGAUUAUCACUGCUCUUGUACACCAGGAUACUCUGGUAAAGAUUGUGAUGUUGAUAUCGAUGAGUGUGCGUCAAAGCCAUGUCAGAACGGUGGUGAUUGUCGAGACUUAGUUAACGCAUAUGAAUGUGUUUGUCCAGUUGGAUAUACAGGAUUUCAAUGUGAAAUUGAUCGUGAUCAUUGUAGUCCAAAUCCUUGUAAAAAUACAGCUCCUUGUUUCAACACUCAAACUGAUUUUUACUGUCACUGUCCUGAACAAUGGCAAGGAAAAAAUUGUUCUGAGGCAGUACUUCAAAAUACUCAAUAUACAUUUGAUAAUAGUAACCUUGGAUGUGGUAGUGAGGGUACAACUUGCGGUGGGCGUGGAAGGUGCAGUGGUAGUGUUUGCAUAUGUGAUCCUGGAUACACUGGUCAACAUUGUCACGAAAAUAUCAAUGAUUGUCAAGGUAAUCCAUGUCUCAAUGGCGGCACUUGUGUUGAUCUUGUUAAUUCUUUCCAGUGUAUAUGCAGAGAAGGAUGGGCAGGAGAUCUCUGUGACGAAGAUGUAGACGAGUGUUCAAACUUACCUUGUCGAAACAAUGGUACGUGUAUAGACGGCCUUGCUGAUUUUUUAUGUACUUGUCGUGGAGGAUGGAAAGGGAAAACUUGUACUCUUCGUGGUGGUCACUGUGAGCCAGGAACAUGCAGACACGGUGGUACUUGUGAAGACCAAGGAAAUGGUUUUAUCUGUCAUUGCCCACCAGACUGGGAAGGUGCAGCAUGUCACAUCGCAUCACCAUCAUGUGCAAGUAAUCCCUGUGAAAAUGGUGCAACUUGCGUGAAUACUGCUGACGGUGGUUAUCGUUGUAUUUGUCGUGAAGGAUUCGAGGGGCCAAAUUGCCGACGUGAUGUUGAUGAUUGUAAACUACUCCCUUGUUUGAACGGUGGUCAUUGUGUUGACGGUGUCAAUUGGUUCAGAUGUGAAUGUGCUCCUGGUUUUACUGGUCCAGAUUGUCGUAUCAAUGUCAACGAAUGUGCAAGUGAUCCUUGUACUGGUGGAUCUACAUGCAAUGAUGGUAUUGCAAGUUACUUCUGUGUUUGUCCACCAGGUAGAAGAGGUGUACAUUGUGAAAUCAUAAUAUCUAAAAAUAUAGGUUGUAUUUCAACGAACUGGGAUGAUGAUUGCAAUGUAUGUGAAUGUAGAAAUAGUAAAAAUCAGUGCAGUAAUGUUUGGUGUGGACAGGGUAAUUGUCUAAACGGUACAUCAUGUUUGGCACAUGAAGUUUGUGUACCAUCACCAGGUGAAAGUUGUUUAUUACCACCAUGUUUACCUUGGGGUGAAUGUCGACCGAUUGAAACUGGUAGAAGAGUUGGUCCACCAGCAAUACCAGCACCGCUAUCAUGUUGGCCUGGUCAAGCAACACCAGGUCCAACAUGUUCACGUUUGACAAUAAUCCUUAGAAGAGAUACAUUACCACCUGGUACAUCUGUUGAAAUAUUAUGUCGACGACUAAGAAGGUUUUUAGCCGAUCCAAGAAGACUACAAUCAGUUGUUUUACUUUGUGACACUAAACCUGGUGACAAUGACACUGUUGAAGUGACAAUAUUUUCUGAAGCUGCUGCUGACGCUGCCAGAGACCUCGGCGAAUCUCUGAGUCGACCGAUGGGUAGACCCUUUGCUCUGGCAUCAGUAGUGGAAGUAAAGGUUGAAACUGCUCUACUUACAAACCCGAAUAAUGGCUCUAAUGGAUCAGGAAAUAGCUAUAUUGCAUUACUUGGCAGUGCCAUUAUUACUUUACUUAUUUUUGCUUUUACUGGCAUACUUUGGUUUCUAAGAUCUAGACAAAACUCUGGACUAACUGCAACAUCAACUAGUGAAACAGCACUACAUCGGCAUCGUGGUGAUCUGGAUGAAAAAUCAAAUAAUUUACAGAAUGAAGAAAAUUUACGUAGAUAUGCUAACCCAUUGAAAGAUCAAGAUUUGGGUGAAUCGAGAGUAUCAGUCGUUAGACCAUUAUCGGCUGUAUCACUUGGUUCUAUCCCAAACACUGAAGAAAGUCUGGAAAUGGUUUCUGAAGAAAGGAGACACCGUUUACCACCACUUUAUAAACCGACGAAUACUGAAGCGAGGAAUAAUACAGCAAGUUUCAAUUAUCAAGAAAGUCUUCAUAAGCCAUACACAAAGCCACGACUUCAAGAACCAUUAUACUCGCAUCAGCAACCUGGUACCAGUACACAACUUGGGCCGAGACAGGUUUUAACAGUACAUGUUUAGAGAAAUAACGAACGAGUAAUCUAUAAUACUUUAAAUUAAAAUAAAGCAACUAGUUGAACAUUUGAAAAACGACGUCAAAUAUAAACAUUAAUGAAUGAUAGUGUGUUAUCGCAACUUAUUAUUAUUGAAAAGAGAGAAGAAUAAAUACGAAAAGAAUUUCAAUAAUUAUAAAAAUAUAAACCUAAUCAUAAAAUGUAUAUUUUAGUAGAUUAUAUGGUUGUAUGUCGCAUAACUCUGGUUAAUUUUUUUAUUCAUUUUUUUGGAUUGACAUUCUAAAUAUAGAAAAUAAUAUAUUGCUUUGUGUAUAUUUACAUACAUGGCAUGAAUUUUUUUUUUGUUUUCAACCAAAACAUAUGUGAAAGAAAAAACAAAAAAAUAUAAAAUGCAGGACAGGCUCACGUCUAUUCAAAUGUUCUUCUUACAUUAAACUAGCGAAAAAGAAAAAUAUCUCAAGACUUGAAAAUUAAUUUGAUCUGUUCUAAUCAAUGAUAAUGAUGAUAAUGCGUUGCUAUUCUUGUACAUAUGUACAUAAUUUGUACUUAUUUAUCUUUUUAAGUCUUUUAUUUUUAUUAAGAAAAUGAUAAAACUAAGAAACGCAUCAUUGCUUGUAUAUGAUAAGCUAUCACUGUUUGAUUUAUACGUUUUAUUAAUUUUUCAUUUAGUUUUAAUUUUUCUUUAAAAAAAAUUUGGAAUGUUCAUAGUAAUAAGUAUCAUAAUAUACGAUUAUUCCAUUAGAUUGUAAUAAAAAAAAAAACACAUCGUAUGAUAAUAUGAAUAAGAAACUUAUUGAAAUUACUUAUAGAAAUAUGUAAUGCAAGACUCCACAAACAUUCCUAGAAAACGACAUGAUAAUCAUGUUGCACAAUAUCAUACACCAUGAUACAUACAUAUUAUACUGAUUUUUGAAAUUUUUUUACUUUGUUAUGAUGAUUUUGUAUAAGUAUAAAUAUAUAAGUGAUAUGUAUGUGAUGUAAUGUUAAUAAGUAGGGAAUUUUUCCACCCCAGGUAGGAGUUCUCGGGCUUGAACAACUGUGCCAGGCUUGUGCGAGGGUCGUGUAUCAAGCCUUGGGAGCACAGGCUUGACACAAGCUUGUGCCCAUUGUUUUCCCCGGCCUCACACGAGCCUUGUUAACACAGGCUUGACACAAGACUGACCCCGUUGUUUUCAACCGGCCUCACACAAGCCUCAAUGAUCCAAGCCUGUGUCAAGCCUGUGUUUUUUGUUUUCCCCGGCUUCACACGAGCCGUGUGUCAAGCCCGUUUUACCAAGCCUCACACGGGACUUGACUUGUGCAUAUAUUCAAUUAAAAAAAAAAAAUUAAUUAAUUAGAUCUAUAAAUUGUAAAUAGACAUUUUAAAUAAAAAUUAUUAGGUUUUGACUACCGUACUAGGCUUUUACAAGGACUGUGUAUUGACUCUCGAAUAAAUUCAUUCAUAUAAAAAAUUUUGACUGACUCUUUCAUGAAUCCCCCGUGGUCGACUUGAUAGAGCAUUGGAGUUCCACUUGAGAGACCUAGGAUCGAUCCCCCGUUACGCCGUUUAUUUUCGUUCAUAUAAUCAUCGUUAAUUCAAAUUGUAUCGCGUAAGAAAUAAUAAUGUCAAAUUAAUAAAUUAAUAGAAAUUGUUUAUUUAUAUUUUUUUAUAAUUUUUUUUGCAAGCCGGUGUCAAGCCUGGGAACACAAGACUGUGUCGAGCCUGGGAACACAAGCCUGUGUCAAGCCCGAUACACUAGUCCGACACCAGCAAAUACAUCGUGAACAUUCCAGACUUGACACAGGCUUGUGUCUCAGGCCCGACACAGGCCCGAGAGCCGGGUAAUCAGGCUUGUCCCAGGCUUGUGCCCGUCGUCACUUCCUACCUGGGACUCUAUGCAAUAUUUGCGCAACAAACAUGAAAAACAAAAAAAACUAAAAAAAAGAAUAGUUAGACGUUACUGAAUGAUCUUACAUGUGCAUACAUGGCGAUAAAUGCGUCGAAAAUCUUAAGCAAAUUCUUUAUUUACUAACAUUAUGAAAAUACUGAUUCUAACAUAAAAUUGAAAAAAACAGGUAUCAGUGAGCAAAAAUUAAAAAGGAACAAAAUCAGAUUUUGAGUUUCGAGGCAAUCGAACCAUUGGACAACUGUACAUAAAUUCUAUAUCCAAUUAUUAAUAAUUAUUACAACUUAUUAUCGAUAAUUUCGAUUUUUGUUUUUUUUUUAAACAUUUUAUAUGGAAAAAGUGCAAUUCAAAGGUCUUGCUUCAAACCGUUGCCAAGAUUGAGGUUCAUAAGAAGAAAUAAAAGAAAAAAAAAUAAAACGAAAAUUUGUCUAUGAAUACAGUGGGCCUAUGCAAUGAUAAUCAUUAUCAAAAAUCUUUUAUAACUUGGAAAAAUAUUU